CGUAGGUCAUCGUAGGUCGGAAUGGCUGUUUGCUGUUCUCACGGGGCUCUCAUGCUGGCAGCCUGGGUGGGAUGCGCUGCCCCUGGGCUGCUCAUCGCCACUUUUUAUCGUAAGGCCUUUCCGAAAUUCAAAGUAUUCGACAAGGACUUCUGGUUUGCGGCUCAUUGGUCGUUGAUGGUGCUGACCGCGAUCUUCACGUUGGCUGGUUCCGUCGUGAUCUACGACCUCGAAAAGUGGAAGCAAGAUGAUGACCCUCACUCCGUCCUGGGUCUCUUCGUCUGCCUCCUUGCCUCCGUUCAACCGCUGAUGGGGGUUUUCAGACCGAGACCAACGCACAAGUGGAGACCGGCCUUCAACUGGGUGCAUUGGGCAGUGGGGCACGUCGUCAUCUUGCUCGCAUGUGAGGUCAUGGCAGGUGAAGUAGACGAUAAGAAAGAGUCAGUCGACUUCAAUUGUUUCCUAGCCUUCGGCAUGAAGAAAAUCGCCCAGCCUGUCCAGGAUUACUACCUAAUGGGAUUCUACGUCUUCUUCUAUUUCUUCGUCUAUGUCUCGCUCCAGAAGCUGGAGAAGCAAGCGAGCAGUGCAGCAGGGGUCCCGACGAACCAAGUGGUUCCCGUCAUGACACUCACUCGACGCUGGCGGUCCAUGGAUAAUCUCCAGCCUAGGGGGAAAUCUCAGGAGGAGACGGCGAAGAAGCUUAUCCUGAUCGUGAGCCUGGCGACGUCCUGGACCGUGGUGAUCUGCCUCUCCCUCAUGGUCACCCAUCGAUGGCCCAUGUUCCACGAGGAUGACGACAGGGGCUCCGAGGGGGGGAAAAUCCUCCCUCCCAUCAAAUGAUCUCAGACUCUCGAACUCGGAAGAUUCGCUUUUCGUAUUCUCUUGGACGCGGUUCCUCUGGCGUUUCCCUUUUUAAUGGAAGAAAAAAUACCGUAGAAAUCAAGUAAAUUGUCGGAAUCGCCCCAUACACAGAACCCACAAUGAUUCCAGUCUCCCCACCUCUUCAGGUCCAUUGAGGCCUGAAUUCACGGUUAAGACGCUUCUACGUCAUGAAUCACGCUGUAAGCCAUAGCAGGAUUGAAGAGAGCUCCAGAAUAAAUUGUAUGCAUCUCGCUGGACUCAUUCUGCAUCACAAUGA